AUGGAGUUCUUAUCUAUUUUAGUGGAAAGAGUUGCAUGUUGCUUGAUGCAGCCAGUUGCACGAGAGAUUGGGUAUUUAGUUUACUACAAGAGUAACAUGAGAUGUAUGGAUAAAGAAUCUGAGAAGCUAAAGAAUAUCAAAAGUGAGGUGCAGCGGAGAGCGGAAGAUGCACGGAGAAACUUAAAACACAUUUCAGCCAAUGGCGAGGCUUGGUUAAGGAAUGUUGAUAUACCACUACUGAAGAUGUGGCAGCUAAAAUUAAAAGAGGAAGAGGUCAUGGCAGCUUUGAGAGAUGACGGGGUCACUAUGAUUGGGGUAUGUGGUCUGGGUGGUGUUGGUAAGACAACACUGGCUGAGAAAAUCAGACAAAAGGCAAAACAAGAAAGGUUGUUCAAUGAUGUUAUCAUGGUAACUGUCAGUCAACAACCCGAGUUGAAGAGAAUUCAGGGAUGA